UCCAACCUUAAUCCAAGCGUCUGAUAAUCGUAAACAUCAAGCGUUCAAGAUCAGGGAUCUGAUAUGCCAGAAUAAAUUGGAUCAAUAUUAACUUCAUUUUAAAAAUGGCUGAAAAUACUGAAAAAGUGCCGGAGAAAAAAGCGCGCCAGUUUGAUUUCAUGGCAAUGUUUGAAGAAGCUAAAAAGACUGCCAUUGAAAGAACAAAACCUACUACAGAAGAUGAAGAAGCUGAUGCAACAGUAGAUAGAAUUAACAAGUUAUAUAAAACAAACAAAGAGAGGAAAAACAACAGAUCAAGUAGUGAAAGUGAUUCCAGUACAAGCUCAUCUUCAGAUGAUGAAAUGAUAGGACCACCUGUACCAGCAAGUAUACAAGACGAGGGAGAAGAUGAAGAUAUGAUUGGACCUCCUUUACCUCCUAGUAUGAAGAGUUCACAUGAAGAAAAACAAGGAAAAUCAAAAGAUGAUGAUGAUGAUGAUGGUACCGAUGAUGAAGAACAGGAUGAUUCUCCUUUGAAGAGAAUUCCAUCAAGGCUACAGAUAAGUCUUGAUCAUGGGAAGAAAACAGUUUCAGCAUUGGCAUUUGAUCCGUCCGGUGCUCGUUUGGUUACAGGUGGUUACGAUUAUGAUGUCAAACUAUUUGAUUUUGCUGGAAUGGAUUCAACUCUUAAACCAUUUAGAACUCUGAGACCAUGUGAAAGUCACGCUAUCAAGCAGCUACAUUAUAGUAGUACAGGAGAUGUAAUUCUUGUAGUGGCAGGAAACUCACAGGCUAAAGUACUUGACAGGGAUGGAAUUGAAAAAUUUGAAUGUAAGAAAGGUGACCAGUAUUUAGCCGAUAUGGCUCAAACAAAGGGUCAUGCUGCAAUGUUGAAUUCUGGAUGCUUUAAUCCAAAAGUAAAAGCUGAAUUUAUGACUUGUUCAAAUGAUGGGACAGUACGUUUAUGGGAUGUAAAUGAUGAGGGUAAGAAACAGCGUCAUGUGAUAAAACCACGAUCUCAGCAGGGUCGUCGUGUUGUACCAACAGCUUGUACAUAUAGUCAUGAUGGUAGAUGGAUUGUUGCAGCUUGCCAGGAUGGUUCUAUACAGAUCUGGGAUCAUAACAGACCAUUUGUGAAUGUGUCAAAAUUGUUACGAACCGCCCAUAUGAAUGGCAGUGACACAUCGUCACUCUGUUUUUCAUAUGAUAGCAAGGUGCUUGCUUCAAGGGGAG